AUGUACGGCAGUGCCAGAGCUGUAGGCCAUGUAGAGAGCAGCCCCGUACGGUCCCCGCGCCUGCCGAGGUCCCCCAGAUUGGGCCAUAGAAGGGCGAACAGCGGGAGCGGGGGUGGUGCGGGGGGCAAGACGCUCUCCAUGGAGAACAUCCAGUCCCUCAACGCUGCCUAUGCUACUUCGGGGCCCAUGUACCUGAGCGACCACGAGGGCGUGGGCUCCACUGCCACCUACCCAAAAGGCACCAUGACUCUGGGUCGCGCCACCAGCCGGGCCAUGUACGGGGGCCGCGUCACAGCCAUGGGCAGCAGUCCCAAUAUCGCUUCAGUGGGGCUGCCUCAUGCUGACCUUCUGUCUUACAGUGACCUGGGCUCCCUCUCCAUGCUGCACCCCCACCACCACCAGGGGGUGCCCUCCGCUCUGCUCAGGCAGGCUGUGCGGGGCAGUGGUGGGGAGCUGCUGGAGAUGCAGGCCCAGCUCAGGGAGAUGCAGAGGGAGAAUGAGAUGCUGCGACGAGAGCUUGACCUGAAGGACAGUAAGUUGGGAUCUUCCACCAACAGCAUCAAGAGUUUCUGGAGUCCUGAGCUGAAGAAGGAGAGGAUAAUGAGGAAAGAGGAGGCGGCUCGCACGUCAAUCCUGAAAGAGCAGAUGAGGGUCACUCACGAGGAGAACCAGCAUCUCCAGAUGACCAUCCAGGCUCUGCAAGAUGAGCUGCGCACACAGCGAGACCUCAACCAUCUGCUGCAGCAGGAGAGCGGCAACCGCUCCGGCAACGAGCAUUUCACCACCAUCGAGCUGACGGAGGAGAACUUCCGGCGGCUGCAGGCCGAACAUGACAGACAGGCCAAAGAGCUCUUCUUGCUGAGGAAGACCCUGGAGGAGAUGGAGCUGAGGAUCGAGACCCAGAAGCAAACGCUGGGAGCUAGAGACGAGUCAAUUAAGAAGCUGCUGGAGAUGCUGCAGAGCAAAGGGCUGCCCCCCGGGCCGGGCAGGGCGUCUGAGGAGGAAGAGCAGGAGAGAGCCAGACGCAUUGCUGAGGCAGAGGCCCAGCUCGGACACCUGGAGGUCAUUCUGGACCAGAAGGAGAAGGAGAACAUCCAUCUGCGAGAGGAACUGCACAGAAGAAAUCAGCUGCAUCAGGAUCCGAGCAAAACCAAGGCUCUGCAGACCAUUAUAGAGAUGAAAGACACCAAAAUUGCCUCUCUGGAGCGCAACAUUCGAGAUCUGGAGGAUGAGAUCCAAAUGCUGAAGGCAAACGGCUUACUGAACACAGAGGACAGAGAGGAGGAGAUCAAACAGAUGGAGGUCUACAAGAACCACUCUAAGUUUAUGAAGACUAAGAUCGACCAGCUGAAGCAGGAGUUGUCGAAGAAGGAGUCGGAGCUGCUGGCUCUGCAGACAAAGCUAGAAACUCUCAACAACCAGAACUCAGACUGCAAACAGCAUAUCGAGGUGCUCAAAGAGUCGCUCACUGCCAAGGAGCAACGCGCUGCCAUCCUGCAAACAGAGGUGGAUGCUUUACGUCUGCGUCUGGAAGAGAAGGAGUCCUUCCUGAACAAGAAAACCAAGCAGCUGCAGGACCUGACGGAGGAGAAGGGUACUCUCGCCGGAGAAAUCAGGGACAUGAAGGACAUGUUGGAGGUCAAAGAAAGGAAGAUUAAUGUCCUGCAGAAGAAGAUCGAGAACCUGCAGGAGCAGCUGCGGGACAAAGACAAGCAGCUGGGAAACCUGAAGGACAGAGUCAAGUCUCUGCAGACCGACUCCAGUAACACAGACACUGCCCUGGCCACCCUGGAGGAGGCGCUGUCAGAGAAGGAGAGGAUUAUAGAGCGUUUAAAGGACCAAAGGGAGCGAGAAGACAGAGAACGUCUGGAGGAGGUGGAGUCGUACAAGAAGGAGAACAAGGAUCUGAAGGAGAAGGUCAACAGCCUGCAGAUAGAGUUAACAGACAAAGAGUCCAGUCUCAUUGAUCUGAAAGAACAUGCAUCAUCCUUGGCAUCCUCUGGCCUCAAGAAGGAUUCAAAGCUCAAGUCACUGGAGAUUGCCAUCGAGCAGAAAAAAGAGGAAUGUAGUAAGUUGGAGACGCAGUUGCAGAAGGCCCACGAGGUGGAGCAGCAGUCGGGCCAGAGGGGGAAAACGGAGUACGUGGACCGAGUGAAGCUGCUGGAAAAGGAGAUGAACUACUACAAGGACGAAGCCGGCAAGUCUCAGGCGGAGGUGGAGAGACUCCUCGACAUCCUGCGAGAGGUGGAGACCGAGAAGAAUGACAAGGACAAGAAGAUCGCUGAGCUGGAAAGACAAGGAGGCAAAGAUCAGACUAAGAAGGGUCCAAACAUCAAAUUGGGACCACAAGGGGACAAGAAAGGCUUAGGACAGGACCCUCGUAAGGACGGCUCCCUCGACGGUGGUCACCACGUGAAGUUGGAGGAGCUGAUGAACACGCUGGAAAGGACGAGGCAGGAGCUGGAUGCCACCAAGCAGCGUCUGUCCUCCACACAGCAGUCUCUGCAGGAGAGGGACACCCACCUCACCAACAUGAGACAAGAGCGCAGGAAACAGCUGGAGGAGAUCCUAGACAUGAAACAACAAGCUCUGCUGGCAGUCAUCAGUGAGAAAGAUGCUAAUAUUGCACUGCUGGAACUGUCUGCCUCCAAUAAAAAGAAGACCCAGGAGGAGGUGCUAGCCCUCAAGAGGGAGCGCGACAAACUGAUGCUGCAGCUCAAACAACACGGCCACGCCCAGCAGACUCCAUACCCACACGCCUCCCACCCGCAGCACCCGCAACACCCGCAGCACCCCCAGCACCCGCAGCACCUGCAGCAUCCUCAGCACCCGCAGCACCCGCAGGCCCCCCAACAGCACCCGCAUCCACAGCAGCCGCAGCCCCAGUACCCCCACCCGCAGCACCCGCAGCACCCGCAGCACCCUCAGCACCCGCAGCACCCUCAGCACGCCCAGCCGCCCCCGCAGCACCAACAGCACCCACGGCCCCCACAGCCCCAGCACCCUCACCAACAGCACCCCCAGCAUCCUCCGCAGCACCCGCACGGACACGCCCCCCCGCAGCACCCUCACCCCCACCCUCAGCACCCGCACGGCCCCCCACAGCAAGGGCCGCACCCCCAGCAUCCGCAUCAGCAGCACCCUCAGCACCCGCACCACGCCCAGCAUCUACGUCACCCGUCGCCCCACCAUCGCGGGGGCUCGGCCCGAGGACCCCCACAUGCUGGUCACCGCCCCUCUCCAGACCAGGAUGACGAGGAGGGCAUCUGGGCAUAAUCCUUGCUGUGACAACCAAAGCUCUAAUGUUGUUUUGAGGGAUGAUUCAGUCACUACUGGAGGAGCACAGCCACGCCAUGAUGUUGAAACACGACCC